GCUGUUGGACGUGCUGUUGCGCUGUCGCCACACCUGAAGAAUAAAUUAAUUCCAAUUGGAUUUUAAGGUGUAUUUGGUAGUUAAAUGUGAUUAAAAGUGAACCAUUUUGCCCCAUUUUGGUGUAAAAAAAGGGGUUUUAGUGUGAUUUCUGUGGAAAUUAGGGGUGAAAUUGAUCACCAUCAAGUGUCGGUGUGUGUCGCGUUUUUUUCUCAUCAGACAGGUGUUGUUCUGUGUGAGUGUUGCCGAAGAAAGAGCCAAUAAAGGUGCAAGACGAAGGAGUGGGGCAAGAAAAAGCACUAAAAUUAAUAGAGCCAGAGCUUGAGUGAAUUAAACACACCAACACAGGGAUAAUUGCCAGCAAGUUUCUUCUCGGCGGCUUCCUCCGCGAGAAGAUCUCAGCGAGUACAUUGCACCGCGGUGGUCAGGAUUAGUGGCCACACUUUACUACAUCUACAUAGCUUCUUCACCAUCUUUCCACAGCUAAUGAAAAUCAUGAGGAUAUUUGUUCUGUGGAGUUAGAGGGUCCGGCUCGUUCAUUUUCUUUGAGGGAACGAGAAUGCCGACAGCGGGAUGUGACCGUGGAAGUUUCCUCCUCGGGAUUGUCUUCCUGAUCACGGCGAUUCAUCUCACAGCUGCAUACCUGGUCGUUGUGGAUGAAUUGGCACCACCCGGAACGAUCAUCUUCAACGCUUCCGUCUACAAAUUAGGCUCAGAGCGGCACUACAAGAUCAACACGCACAGAAGUGCCAAUUUUGUCCAUCAUCUCCUGGCCGUUGAUAACAAAAAUGGUCAGAUUCGCCUCAAGAAGUCCCUCUCAUGCGAUGGGAUCUACUACCCAAAUCUCUUCACCUUCUACGUGGAUUCCACAUCGAAUAUGCUUCGUAGCAUUGACUACUACAGCCUCCCAUUGAGGGUGUUUGUUUCGGGACGCGAGUGCAACGACGAGAGGCGCCAAGAGCUCUUUGGGAGAACCUUCGAAGAGGACGAUCACUUCCGGGAACGACGAAGCUACGAUGAUGAGGAAUUCAGGAGCUACGGCGAAUAUCUCGGACACAAUUUUCAUUUCUACAAAAAUGACUUUCCCUGGAUGUUUCGUACAGCUGACGCCAAUACAACAACCUACAGAACAUUCCGCGAAGGGGAUGUCCUCUUCGAUAGCCAGGCGUCCAAUAAUGCUCGUCAUGAGAUAAUAAACCGGAAACGGCGGCACCUCGAAGAGAGUCUCGAUCAGAGGAUGCACAGAAAGAUUGCCGAUGCAAAGCAAUGGAUUUCCGAGACUUAUGCAUCCUAUGCCAUUCACAAUGCGGACAAAUGGAACAAGAUCUGCCUGAAGAGAAGCCAAUUCAUCAACUCCCUCAGCUCCUUCCUUCCCAAAUCCAUUCAACAAUCCUGCAAGGUCACCUUCCUGGAUGUUGGUGAUGAAAGAUUCAAAAUUGAACAGCAAAAUGGGGAUCUUGUGGCAAGUCGCGAUCAUUGCAUCUUCGAACCAAUGUGGAAGGUUAUUGUCACCCUCAGUGUUCGGUGCAAUCGAAUGGAUCUUGUGGAUGCCGAUCACAGGCUUAAGAUUGUCUACCAUCAUCAGGAAUUCAAUGACACAGACAUCGCCAAGCGUGUUCGGAGAGAGCUCAGGAAUCAAAGUCCCUACUUUGAGCAGGCUCUCUACCUUGCCUCUGUGCUGGAGGAGCAACCACCAAAUGCAAUUGUGACGACGGUUAGAGCAAGAGAUCCAGAGGAUUCUCCUGUUGUCUACUCAAUGGUCUCCCUGUUGGAUUCACGAUCACAAUCAAUGUUCAAAGUGGACUCAAGGACGGGAAUUGUGACAACAGCAACAAGCCUCGAUAGGGAACUCAUGGAUGUCCAUUACUUCCGUGUUGUGGCGACUGAUGAUAGUUUUCCACCACGAUCAGGAACAACGACGCUUCAGGUGAAUGUGCUGGACUGCAAUGAUCACGCUCCCACGUUUGAGGCUGAGCAAUUUGACGCCUCCAUCCGCGAAGGUGCCACAGUGGGCUCCACCGUCAUCACACUGCGUGCCACAGAUCAGGAUUUCGGGAAGAAUGCGGAGAUUGAGUAUGCCAUUGAGAGUGUCACAGGCGGUGGGGUCACCACACACGAGCAGGACGCUCAAACGUUCCGGAUUGAUGGGCGGAGUGGCGUAAUCUCCACACGGAGUGCACUGGAUCGCGAAACAGCGGAAGUGUACACGCUCAUCGUGAGCGCCACGGACAUGGCGUCGCCGCAGAGCGAGAGGAAGUCCGCCACGGCGACGGUGGUGGUGAAGGUGCUCGAUGACAAUGACAACUAUCCGCAAUUCAGCGAGAGAACCUACACGAUCCAAGUGAGUGAAGAUCAAUGGGGCGACAACAACGUCGUGGCUCACAUCAAAGCCACCGAUGCUGAUCAGGGCAAUAAUGCGGCGAUCAGGUACGCUAUUAUUGGUGGCAAUACACAGUCCCAGUUCUCAAUUGAUUCCCUGAGCGGGGAUGUGACGCUCGUCAAGCCGCUUGACUAUGAGAACGUUCGAAGCUACAGGCUGGUUAUACGUGCCCAGGACGGUGGAAGUCCUUCACGGAGCAACACAACGCAAUUGCUGGUGAACGUUCUCGAUGCCAAUGACAACGCUCCACGUUUCUACACAUCGCAGUUUCAGGAGGCAGUCCUCGAGAGUGUUCCCGUUGGCUACAACAUUGUACGCGUGCAGGCGUAUGACUCUGACGAAGGUCAGAAUGCCGAAAUAACGUACAAUAUUCUCGAGAGGGAGGACAACUUCCCUCUUGCUGUGGAUCCCCGAACAGGCUGGGUUCACACAAUUCGGCCACUUGACAGGGAAGAUCAGUCGCGGUAUAGCUUCCAAGUUGUUGCAAUGGACGGGGGAGUACCACCAAAAUCAGCCAGUACAUCCGUUGUUGUGACUAUUCAGGAUGUCAAUGACAACGAUCCGGUAUUCAGUCCAAAGUACUACGAAGCAACAAUUGGAGAGGAUCAGCCGUUGGGAACUCCAGUAACGACGGUUACUGCAACGGAUCCUGAUGAAGAUUCCAGGCUGCACUACGAACUCUCAUCAGGGAAUACAAGAGGACGUUUUGCUAUAACAAGUCAAAAUGGAAGGGGUUUGAUAACAAUUGCCCAACCCCUUGACUACAAGCAGGAACGUCGAUUUGUUCUCACGGUAACAGCCACUGAUUCAGGAGGAAGAACCGACACAGCCACAGUUAACGUCAACAUUACAGAUGCUAAUAAUUUUGCUCCUGUGUUUGAGAAUGCUCCGUAUACGGCUUCGGUGUUUGAAGAUGCUCCAGUUGGGACUACGGUGCUGGUUGUUUCAGCUACAGACAGUGAUGUAGGGAUUAAUGCUCAGAUCACUUACACACUAAACGAUGAGACUGUUAAUGGUUUGGGUGCAUCGGAGCCCUUCAAUGUUAAUCCCCAAACAGGAGCCAUUGUUACGAAUGCUCCACUCGAUCGGGAGACAAUCAGCGGGUACCUGCUCACGGUAACGGCAAAAGAUGGAGGAAAUCCGUCAUUAAGUGACACAACAGAUGUUGAGAUAACAGUUACGGACGUUAAUGACAAUCCUCCUGUGUUCAAAGUUCCCGUCUAUCAGGCUUCAAUUCCUGAAGAUGCCCUAAUUGGAACGUCUGUUAUUCAGAUUGCUGCAACAGACCUAGAUCAGGGGAUAAACGGUCGCAUAAAAUAUGCUCUGAGUGACAAAGACAAAGAAGACGGAUCAUUUGUGGUUGAUCCUACGUCAGGGAUUAUUAGAACGAAUAAAGGACUCGACAGAGAAAGUGUUCCAGUUUAUCAUCUCACUGCCAUUGCUGUUGAUCGUGGAACGCCUGCUCUUAGUAGUUCUGUUGAAGUACAAGUCAGACUGGAAGAUAUCAACGAUUCCCCGCCGACAUUUGAAUCCGACAAGAUCACGUUGUACGUUGCUGAAAACUCUCCUGUUGGAUCUGUUGUUGGAGAAAUUCACGCUCAUGAUCCCGAUGAAGGAGUCAAUGCUCUUGUUCAGUACUCCAUUAUAGGUGGAGACGACUCUAACUUCUUCAAUCUCGUUGUUCGUCCGGGAUCUGAAAGAGCUCAGCUGGUCACCCUCACGGAACUAGACUAUGAAUCUCCCAGGAAGAAGUUUGAGCUUGUUAUUCGAGCUGCAAGUCCUCCUUUGCGCAAUGAUGUUCACGUUGAAAUCCUCGUAACAGAUGUCAAUGACAAUGCUCCGGUAUUAAAGGACUUCCAAGUUAUCUUCAACAAUUUCCGAGAUUGCUUCCCUGCUGGGGAAUUUGGGCGAAUUCCAGCUUUUGAUGCUGAUGUCACAGACAAGUUGAACUAUAAGAUCCUUUCGGGGAACAAUGCAAACCUCGUAAGACUGAAUUCAUCAACGGGUGCAUUGACUUUGAGCCCUCAGCUCAAUACGAACGUGCCUAAGUUUGCAACAAUGGAGGUUUCCGUAACAGACGGGAUCAAUGAAGCUAAAGCAAUAAUGCAACUUGUUGUACGACUAAUUACUGAGGAUAUGCUCUUCAAUUCAGUGACUGUAAGACUCGAUGAGAUGACGGAAGAGGCUUUCCUUUCGCCUUUGCUCAAUUUCUUCCUUGAUGGACUUGCAGCAAUAAUUCCCUGUCCGAAGGAGAAUAUCUUCAUUUUCUCAAUUCAAGAUGAUACAGACGUGAGCGCUAGAAUUCUAAAUGUUAGCUUCUCAGCUAGACGUCCAGAUCUCUCGCAUGAAGAGUUUUACUCACCGCAGUACCUUCAGGAGAGGGUUUAUCUCAAUAGAGCUAUCUUGGCACGGCUAGCAACAGUUCACGUGCUUCCAUUUGAUGAUAAUAUUUGCGUACGAGAACCAUGUCUUAACUACGAAGAGUGCUUAACUGUACUCAAGUUUGGGAAUGCAUCAGGCUUCAUACAUUCAGACACCGUCCUGUUUAGGCCCAUAUAUCCCGUCAAUACGUUUGCAUGUCGCUGCCCUGAAGGCUUUACUGGAAGUCGCGAACAUUACCUCUGUGACACAGAAGUCGAUCUCUGCUACUCGGAUCCAUGCAAAAAUGGAGGAACUUGCGUGAGGCGUGAAGGAGGCUACACGUGCGUCUGUACGGACGACUAUACUGGCCCAGAUUGCGGUGUUGACGUCAAAUCCCUGCCUCCGUGUACAACGGAAGUCUGCGAAGGAGGUUUCUCGUGCAUCUACGGCAACAUCAGUCCUCAUCAUCCUCCGUACACCUCAACUUGUGAACUAAAGUCCAGAUCCUUCUCCAAAAAUUCAUUCCUGACUUUCAAUAGCCUCAAGCAGAGACAUAGAUUUACGUUGAAGCUCAAAUUCGCAACAGUUCACGAAAAUGGUCUGCUUCUCUACAAUGGCAGGUAUAAUGAGCUUCAUGAUUUUAUAGCUCUUGAGAUUUUGUCAGGAAACGUUGUCUUCUCAUUCUCACUCGGAGAUUCCGUUGAGAGUGUAACAGUUAACAGGGAAGAGAAGGUGUCUGAUGGUCAAUGGCACACAGUAGAAGUAAUCUAUUUUAACAGAACUGUUACCCUCGCUCUGGAUGACUGUGAUACAGCCCUGGCUCUCGGGGGGAAUCUGGGAAAUCGUUGGAACUGUGCAAAUCAGACUACACUCAAACUUGACAAGCGUUGUACGUCUUUAACAGAGUCCUGCCAUAGAUUUUUGGAUUUAACUGGACCUCUGCAGGUAGGAGGACUCCCAAGGAUUCCUGCGCACUUCCAAAUUCAAUCGCAUGACUACAUCGGAUGCAUCUCAGACUUCUACAUUGAUAGGAAAUUUGUGGAUCUCAAUUCGUACGUGGCUGACAAUGGAACUGUUGCAGGAUGCCCUCAGAAGGCCCCUUCGUGUGCUUCAGAGCCUUGCUUCAAUGGAGCAACGUGCCAUGAAGGGUGGGGAAUUCAUUUGUGUGAAUGUCCUGAAGGAUUUACCGGCAAUGCUUGUCAGGAAUCAGUUCCACCGCCGUGGAGAUUUGCAGGAGACGGUGUGCUGAGCUUCAACCCUCUUCUUCGACCGAUUCAGCUGCCCUGGCUUACAGCUCUGUCAAUUCGAACACAUCAACGAGAUGCUUUCCUCAUGCAAAUCCAAGUUGGACAGAAUAGUUCAGCCAUUGUUAGUCUCAAGGAAGGCAUCCUGCACUACAUCUACAACGGUGAACCUAUGUUCCUGUCUGGAGUAACACUUUCUGACGGAAAAUGGCACAGGAUUGAGAUUAAGUGGCUUGGAAUGGAGAUAUCUCUGUCAAUUGAUUAUGGUCAGAGAACGGGCGUUGUGCCGAUGUCUCAGAAAAUUCAAGGACUCUACGUUGGGAAAAUCAUUAUUGGUGGACCUGAUGGAGUAACUCCGAGCUUGGCAAAUUUCGGCUACUACGAAGGAUGCAUUCAGGAUGUGAGGAUUGGAGGACCACAAUCCGUUCUCAAUAGACCCACAAUGCGGGAGAAUGUAAUUGAUGGAUGCGCAUCAGCAGCUCAAUGCCCAGAUUCUUGUCCAGAUCACUCGGUUUGUGUUACAAGCUGGGAUGAAGCUCAUUGUGAAUGUUUGCCAAGCUAUGUUGGCAGUGAGUGUGCUCCUGUUUGCACAGUUAAGCCCUGUAGUUCGGGAAUAUGUCGCGUCGACGGGCAAGACCGGAAGAGUUAUCACUGUGAAUGUAAUUCCACAUUCAGCCAUGGGGAGUACUGUGAGCUACAGAUACAGCAACCAUGUCCUGGUGGAUGGUGGGGAGAACGCGGUUGCGGCCCGUGUCGCUGCAAUCUCAAACAAGGCUACCAUCCUGAUUGCAACAAGACCACAGGACAAUGCUACUGCAAGGAGAAUCACUAUCAACCCGUUAAUGAAACAGCCUGCCUUCCGUGUGAUUGCUACUCAAUUGGAUCCUACAGUGGAUCCUGCAAUCGCCUUACAGGACAAUGCGAAUGCAGGGAGGGUGUUAUUGGAAGGAGAUGUGAUUCAUGCUCCAAUCCUUACGCCGAAGUAACGCUGAAUGGUUGUGAAGUUGUCUACGAUGCAUGCCCGAGAUCUUUCUCAGCGGGGCUUUGGUGGCCAAGGACACCAAUUGGGCAUACAGCAACGGAGAAUUGUCCUUCCCCAGCUAGGGGAAAAGGUUUCCGGGUAUGCGAUUCGAAAGGAUGGAGUCAUCCGGAUAUGUUCAACUGCACAUCAGAACCAUUUAUUGAGCUCAGAAGGCAAUUGUCGCAGAUGGAGAAGGAAGAGCUAGCAUUGAACUCUUUUGUAGCCGUGAAGAUGGCGUCGAAUCUGCAGCAAGCCUGUGAAAUUGUGGGCAUGUCCAGUGGUGGGAAAACAUCGCAAAAUCUCUCGGUAAACUCCUACGCUGUGGAGACGUCGCUUCUACCCAAAGAGGAUAUUUGGAGUGAUAAUUUUGAGAUGGAUUACCUCACGCAGGAGUUUAGAUUCUUCCACGAUCGCCUGUAUGGAGCUGAUAUUCUUGUAACCGAAGGGAUUCUGCAUGAGCUCAUCAACUACGAGAUGAUGCAAAGUGGUCUGAAUUUGAGUCACAGCCAGGAUAAGGACUUUAUAAGGAAUCUAGUUUCAUGCGCCAGUGUUAUCCUUGAUCAGAAGUACAGCAAUGAAUGGAAGAAGCUAACAAGCCUAACUAUGAGAGGGCCUAAUGAUCUUAUUGAUGCCUUCAACAAGUACAUGGUUGUCCUUGCUAGAUCUCAGCAUGAUACCUACACAAAUCCCUUUGAGAUUGUUCAGCAAAAUAUGGUCCUGGGUUUGGAUAUUGUAACGGCUGAAUCACUCUUUGGGUACGAACCGCAGCAGCUGAGUGAAUACCACAAGAAGCAGGUGACGAAGAAUCAAUUUACAACGGAGAGUGUUGUCCUUCCGGAUACGAGUUCCUUCCUGCAGCACUCAUCGCGACAGAAGAUCCCCAUCCUGUCGUUCCCGAAGUACAACAACUACAUUCAGGAUAAGUCAAAAUUCGAUAAACAUUCCAAAAUUCAAAUUCCUCUGGAUAUGCUGGGAAUUGCACCACCGGGAAAGGACGAGAUAACGCAUUCUAUGUCGGAGUAUCGAGCUAUUGUAUCCUAUGCACAGUACAAGGAUGCUGGGGAGCUCUUCCCGGAUAAUUUCGAUGACACCGUCACACGUCGCUGGGGUGUUGAUGUCCAAAUUGCCAGUCCGAUCCUUUCGCUUGCCAUCCUUGUUCCCAGCACAAAGGACGGAAAGGAAUCUGGACGAAGAAAUGAGAAGACUGAUUUAGAUGAUAGCAUCAAGAUUCCCUCCAAUGAUAUUGAACUGAUGGAGACACACCGUGAGGAGGUGCCUAAACUCAAUGAAGAAAUCCGCAUAAUGGCGCAUGAUCUGGAUGACACCAUUCCCAAUCUUGAGAAUAUUCCGGAAGUCCGUUUGCAUACGCCCAGUGAAUCACCAUUUGCCCUGGAGAAGCCCGAUAAGCGACUCCCGGAAUCAGUUCAUGGGGAAAAUGAAGCAAUCUACGAAGACAGGAGACGAAUCUUUAAACGAGAACUUCCACAUGAAGGGAAUGAGUCCACAAGUGAGGUGGCCAAUAGUCUCAUCUACCGCUCCCUCGGAUCUCCACAUCUCCUGCAACCGAUCAAGAUCCAAAUGUGGCUGAAUAUCGAGAAGAGUCGCUUUGGGAUUCGAAGUAAUCCACAAUGCGUUCGUUGGAAUAGCUUCACAAAUUCCUGGACACGUAUUGGAUGUCAAACGGAGAUCCCAGACUAUGAAAUGAUCACGGAUACGUCCACGCUGCUCAUUAAUUGCUCCUGUACACAUGUCUCCAACUACGCUGUUCUUGUGGAUGUUAUUGAUCCGGAAGAUGUGCCUGAACCAUCACUCCUCGUACAGAUUUCCUCCUAUUCGGCUUUCAUGAUUUCACUGCCAAUCCUUCUUGCUGUUCUCAUUGCCCUGGCCCUGCUGCGUGGCAUGCAGACAAACUCCAAUACAAUUCAUCAGAAUCUGGUGCUUUGUGUUUUUGUGGCGGAACUUCUGUACUUUGUCACGAUGCAAGCUCGAAAGGAUUUGCUGAACAAUGAGUUUCCCUGCAAGUUGAUUGCAAUCAGCCUUCAUUACGCCUGGUUGGCUGCUUUUGCCUGGACAACGGUUGACUGUAUUCAUCUGUACAGGAUGUUGACGGAAAUGCGGGACAUCAAUCACGGACCAAUGGGAUUCUACUUUUCUCUCGGCUAUGGAGCUCCUGCCAUCCUCGUUGGGCUCUCCGUGGGCGUAAGGGCUCAUGAAUACGGCAACAGUUUGUUUUGCUGGUUAUCAAUUUACGAAGCAGUUGUUUGGUGGCUAGUUGGACCAAUUGCUGGCAUGUCUGUCCUCAAUCUCCUCAUACUCUUUGUAUCGGUGAAAGCAGCCUUCACACUUAAGGACCAUGUUCUUGGAUUUGGGAAUUUGCGGACACUUCUGUGGUUGUCUGUUGUUUCUCUUCCCCUAAUGGGGGUGAUGUGGGUACUUGCUGUACUGUCAGCUUCAGAGAAUUCUCAACUUCUCAACGUCCUUCUGUGCGUUGUGGUCUUCCUGCAUGCAAUCUUCUGCCUCAUUGGGUACUGCAUCAUUAACAAGAGAGUCCGGGAGAAUCUCCAUCGUACUUUUUUGCGGUGCAUGGGGCGGAAGGUGCCGCUAUUGGAUUCUUCUCUUGUGGUCAGCAGUAGUUCACAGAAUGUCAACCCACGUAGUCCCGGGGGCUUCCUUGCUGGGACAUAUGAGUCAACACGCAGGAAUAUCGGGAUAAGUGCUUCGUCAACAACAUCAAGGAGUACAGCAAAGACAAGCUCAAGCCCCUACAGGAGUGAUGGGCAGCUGAGGCAUACGUCAACAUCAACAUCCAACUACAAUUCCGACGUUCCCUCGUACAUGAGGGGCUACGAAGGACGCCCGAAAGAGGAGAAGUAUCGCCGGCGAAAGGAUUCCGAUUCAGGAUCUGACACAGAUGGUCGUAGUUUGGAUCUCGCUUCGAGUCACUCGAGUGAUGAGGAGGAAUCCCGCGUGGGUGGCAAUACAACCAAUUCCCAUCGAAGUGGGGGCGUCGGUGCAACGCCAUACCUUCCCAACAUUACGGAGCACGUAACAGCAUCCACUCCACCUGAGCUGAAUGUUGUUCAGAGCCCUCAGCUCUUCCCCAGCUUGAAGCCAACAAUGUAUGCUCCACGAUGGUCAAGCCAGGUGCCCGAAUCCUACCUCCCAACGCCCACGAAUGCAGGACGAUGGUCCCAGGACACGGGAUCGGACAAUGAAGUUCAUCCGCAUAAAGCUAAUUCACCAAAUCCACUGCCAAAUCCCGAUCUCACCGAUACAUCCUACCUCCAUCCGCACAGCAAGAUGAACAUGCCACCAUCGAUCCUGGAAAACAUCGCGGAGAACUACAAUUUGCAGACAACCGUUGAUGGGCAAAUGUACGACAAUGAGCGAUAUAAGUACGAAAUGGACAGAGAGAGUCUCUAUGGGCGCAAGAAGGACUACCAGGAUAACUACGGGGACUACGAUACGGGUGCCUAUAUGCAGAAUAAGAUGCCCUAUGCGUCUGGGAGUGAGGACUACGAAUCGACACAGAUUGUCAAUCACAUUCGACCCUAUCACAAUCAUCAUGAGAAUCCACCAUUUCUCCAUGAACGCACACAUGGGUACCUCGGUAGUCAGACUGGGUCGCCCUACAUGUCCAAGGAGCACAUUGCAGCAGAACUGUACAGCCCCCGGGAGACUCACUACACCCUAAAGUCUCCUCCUCUCUACGGGGAAUCAAUGCAGAGUGUUCAUUCAAUGCUUAAGAAUGAUUACCAGCAGCAACGACCUGUGGACUACCAUUCAGACCGCAUGUCGGAGACAUCAGACAAGAACUCAUACAAAUUUCCCUUUAAUGCUGAAGAGGACCACUCCACGUGCACCGUGAAUCGCCUGCACGGUGUCAAUGACAUCAACAAUCCUGGCGUUUUGCCAUCGAGUAGAUUGUCGUCCCGUCAUGGGUCGAGAGCCUCCUCCCCACCCACAGGUGUCUCCGUGGCCCCAAUGCAGCCGCUUGCCCCACUCACGAGCAUCACAGAUACGAGCGAGAUGGCUACUGAUGAUGCUGAGACAACAGUUUGAUGACCAUAAAUGAGCAUUAAAUUAAUUAACUUCUAAAGGACUGUUUAAUUGCAAACAUUGUCAGAGAGAAUUUUAAUAAAGUGUCACGUAGAAACAUUUUAUUUAAUGACGAGAACAAUGGGUACAAAGUGGGCAAGAACGUGAAAAAAAAUUCUCUCAAAAGCCAUUUGACUGUUUAAAAGCAUUUUUUUUUAAUUUUUUAAAAUUUUUACAAAGUAAUUCUUGUUUUAUUAAAUGUGUAACUUAAGGUGAAUUUUUUAUGUCAAAUUGCCAUUUUAUUUAGAUGAAUUUAAGAUGAAAUUUAAUUGAAAUAAGUAGAUUAAUUUAAGAGAUGUGUAAAUAAAUCAUGUACUGACUGCAUUUAAGGACCCCCUCCGUGUUAUAAGGCGUGUGUGACAAUGUCGAAAAGAAAAAUUCUUCCUUAAUAGAAUUUUAGAGAAAAGGACUUAAAAACUGAAUGGAUUUAGUUUAAGGAGAAAAAAUAUUUCUAAUAAUAGUCGAAAUUGCUCAGACAAUUCAAUGUAAAAUCUUUCUGAAGACUUUAUCAAAAAAAAUUUCCAAAUAUUUGUAACUUUUUUAAAUUCUUACGCAAAGUAAUAUUUAUAUCAAAAAUGCUUCUUUCACAACAUUCCCCCCGAGAUUUUUAGCUUUUAUAAUAUGAGAUUUGUAUAGAAAGCAAGAGGAUAUAGAGGAGACAUUCCUGGAUGUUCCUUUAUUCAUGCGGAUCAAUAAAAUGAUAUAUAAAAGGCGGAAAGAGCGAGUGCCUCGUGUUUAGUUGACGAAUGGAUGUGUAGGAAAAGUCAAGAUAUCCCAGGGAGUGUUUAAUGUUUUUAUUUGCUUUAAAAAUUUGUCUUAUUUUGUUUAAAAAUUCACGAAAUUAGAAUUUAGAAUUUUAAGCUCUGAUUCUUCCUUCGAAAAAGCCCAACUUCUGUAUUUUUUAAAGAAAUUUUCCUUUAAAACUUUCAAAAAUUUCAUUGAAAAAUUGCAAACAAAUCCUUUCUGCGUGUCUGGGAUAUCUUGUAUAGGGAAAAAUGUAUUGAAUAAGUUAUUUAGAAAGAAUACUCUUUUAUACAUAUAAAACACCACAAGAAAGGAAAGCUUUCCCCCGCCCCCUCCGACAGUAUUCAUAAGAUGUGUAUGUUAUUUAAUUUCCUAUACUCCUUCUGUGCAAUGUACGGUUUUUUUUCCAUUUUUCGUCAAAAGAAUUUCCUCAAAAGGAAAUUCUUCUUUUUCAUUUUUCAAAAUUCAUUCUGAAUGAAUUUCCUCUGAAAAUGUAAAAAAAAAAUUGAGGAAACUAACAGUGCAUGAGAUUUAUUUGGUGAGAAAAAAAGAAGAAGAGAAAGAGAAGAAAAUCAUAUUUAAGAACACAAUGUCGUAGUAAUUCCCCCAAUGAAUUGAGAUGGAAAGAAUAUUAAAUUGUGAUUUAUAUUUGUAUAUUAUAUAUACACAAAUAAAACAUUUAAACAAUUUCCCAA